AUGGCAUGGUAUCAGCGUUGCAACGAGUAUUUUCUCACGAGAUACCGGACCGGGUCUGACGCUUGGCCGAUCCCAAGCAGGGUCUCAGGCCAGCCCGUUGACAGAAGUCACGAUUAGUGGCGGAACUUCACCAUGUCCUUCCCCUUUUCGCCUUUGAUUUCCCUGCCUGGAUUUGGGAUUUUUGGUCAGUGGCGGAAGAGAGUUUAGGCUUUCAAUCAAUCGGAUAGAGGCUCCGAUGAAGACGAAAGAUUGUGAAUUUCAUAGAAUUCUUUUAUGAAUAUAUAAUAGGAUUGGAAUUUGAUGGAAAUGGAGGGGGGAAGUUCGUCGGGAUCCGCCGGAGGAACUCAAACCCACCACCGCUUCUCCCCAAUGCGCUCAAGAGCAUUCUAUAGAUUUACACAGCAGAACCUUCCAGCUUGUAAACCUGUUCUUACGCCAGGAUGGGUAAUAAUGACUUUUCUGAUCAUGGGCAUUGUUUUUGUUCCUGUUGGACUUGUUUGCCUUCAUGCUUCUGAAAGUGUUGUGGAAAUCGUGGACCGUUAUGAUGUUGAAUGCAUACCUGAGGCUUAUAGAAGUAAUAAAGUAGCUUAUAUCAAGGAUAGUUCAAUUUCAAAGAACUGUAAUCGAACAAUAAAGUGGCAACACCCAAAAGAUACCUCUCUGUUUCAUCCACCUGCUCUAACAUCACGGGUUCAGAAGCAUAUGAAGGCACCAAUUUAUAUCUAUUAUGAACUUGAUAACUACUACCAGAACCAUCGGCGGUUUGUAAAAAGUAGGAACGACAAACAACUCCUUUAUGGAUUAAAGUACAAAGACACUAGUUCCUGCAAACCUGAAGAGUCAAGCAAUGGUCUCCCAAUUGUUCCUUGUGGGUUGAUUGCCUGGAGUUUGUUUAAUGAUUCUUAUGCCUUUGUACGUGAUCGAGGAGAAAUGAAUGUCAACAGGAAAAAUAUUGCUUGGAAAAGUGAUCGGGAGCAUAAGUUUGGGAAGCAUGUAUAUCCCUUUAAUUUUCAAAAUGGAACCUUAAUUGGUGGAGGAAAACUUGACCCAAGCAUUCCUUUGAGCGACCAAGAGGAUCUCAUAGUGUGGAUGCGUACUGCUGCUCUGCCUACCUUCAGGAAACUGUAUGGUAUAAUUGAAGAGGAUAUAGAUGCAGAUGAGAUCAUAACGGUACAUCUUGUUAACAACUACAAUACUUACAGCUUUGGGGGGAAGAAAAAGAUUGUUCUUACAACAUCCAAUUGGCUGGGAGGCAAAAAUGGUUUCCUUGGGAUGGCCUAUAUUGCCAUUGGCACCUCCUUCGUUCUGAUCUCAGUCUUGUUUGCUUUGAUUCAUGUGAAAUACCCAAGGCCCCGUGGGGAUCCAACUUAUUUGUCUUGGAAUAGAAAAAGCAACGCCAGCUAAUGUGAGGUUUCUGGACCAGUAGUUUCAACCGCAUUAAUAUUUUUCUUCAACGGACAAGUUUUAUGAUUGAAAUCUAGGUUUCAGAAUAGGUUAUUUUCUUUUCCUACUCAGGCCUCAAACAAUUCAAUUUACUAUGCCACUGGGGUGGCUCAUUGUCAGAAUCCAUGCAGUUUCAUGUGGCCAAUCGCUGGCCGGUGGUCAUCCAGAUUAGCUAUAUGGUGUCAUUGAUGCUUAGCAUCCCAAUUACAGACUGUAUAUAUAUGUAUGCUUGGUGCUGGUGGAAUCAAGGGUGACAGAUUUUGAGAAUCUUGUCCUUUUUCUUUCAAAAUUCUCCCAUGUAUUUCUUCGUGUAUUUACCCCACCAGGCUAUUCUCACCUUAAUGGACAGUUUUAUUUUGGUGUGUAAUGUUAGUAACUCAGUACAUAAACUGUAACCCCAUCUUUAUAUAUAAAUCACGGUUUUAAGGCAA